UAGCAGAGGUAACUAAUUAUUAUGAUUAAUAAUUUGUGCUUGUUUUUCUUUUUGUACAUGUGCAACCAAAUAAAUACAUGGCGAAAAAGAGACGAAUUUUGUUCAUCCAGCCAAAGAGGUACUUGUUGCUGAUGUCAAAGCUAAAAAAGAGGCUCAAAGGGAUGAAGAAGGAGGAAGAAGAUGACAAGGAAGACGAGUUGAGUAAAUUACCGGAUGAAAUUUUGGUAUCAAUUAUGUGUUUGUUGACGACGAAAGAAGCAGCAAGAACGAGUGUGCUUUCUCGGCGAUGGCAAAAGAUUUGGAGCACUACGCCGAGGUUGACUUUUGAUAUCGAAAAUAGAUGCGAUAUCAAAAAGCCUGUGUGUAUGUCUCCUUCGAAGCAUAGGGAAUUAACAAAGGAGAUGAUACCAGUGGUGAGUAGAGUAGUGAAAUUGCAUGAGGCACCAACUCUGGAUGAGUUUUUACUGCUUGGUUCCCCAAUGAAAUUAAAGGAUUCUCAUCAUAUAAACACAAUGGUUGGAUUUUGCUGCCAAAAGACAUGUCCAAAAGCUCAAUUUGCAGUUUUAUCCUUAUAUAUCUCAAAGGUUCCUUAUGACGCUACUUUACUAGCUGAUAAAUUUCUUCAAAUGCAUUGCCUCAGGGAUUUGUGUAUCCAGGGAAUGUAUGUCCCUGAAACUGUUAUUCAGCAACUUUUAUCCAGCUCUCCCUUUCUUGAACGUUUUUCUCAAGACAUAUGUCCAAGAAAGUAUUCUCCAUAUCCCACUGAACUUCACAGUUGGAGAAUGGUUUGUGGAUGCAAUCUCAAAUACCUGAAGAUUUGUGGGUGCUACCAACUGCAAAACCUGGAAAUCUCUGCACACAAUCUUAAUACGAUGGAAUUUAAAAUAAUACAAGCAUUUGAUACUUUACAAAGCAUUAAAUUAUCUGUUCCAAAUAUCUCACACCUAAUUCUUGCCAUCGAGCAGGGUUUUAAAUUUGACUGUUAUCUGCAUCUACUUAACCAAGUCAUCAGACUUACUCUGCUCAUCAAUACCGAGGUUACCAACCCUUUCUUUUCUUCUUCUUCCUUUUUUUUUUUUUUUUUUUUUCCCCCUUCUUCUCCAUGCUAA